AUGGAUGUUGGACAGGGUUGGGCUCUCCAGACGCGGAGACCCAUUAAAUUCGAUCCUAAAGCCAUCGGAGUGGCGUAUAGUCCGGAGCGUGGUGUCCCUGAACGGCCCGUCGUCGAUAGUGGCACCAUCAUCGCAAAAAGCCCGUCAAAAGUGCCCCUGAGCACACUGAACCAGCUACGAGGUUCCACCGAGACCUCCGAGUCACCAAUCAACCGCAGUGAUCGCUAUCGACGCGCCCGCCAGAAAGUAGCAUCGCUGGUCGCAUCGGAUCCAGCCACUCAACAGCGCACGUGUAGCAUCGCCACACCAACAACAGACCAUCGCAGCAGACCAUCGCAGCAGCAUCCCGUCGUCGUAGCCAUCGCAACAGCAGCCGACCGUUUCCCGCUUCGUCCCAGCGUUCGCCGGCCGGCCUUGUAUAGACCUACACUCACACACAAAAAUUCCGUGCUAAACGAAAAAAUCGGCCGUAAGGGUAGCUCCAGCAGCUCCCGAAAACGUCCCCGCUUGGACGGCGAUUGUGAUCAGUCCUCUCCUAACGUUAAUGAAGGCACCAAAGACAUCGAUUCCAACGUGAAAAUUCCACUGACAACCCGGCAACUCUUUGGGGCACUUUCGAUUACUGAUUAUGACGUUGUGGUGUUUACCGAAACAUGGCUCAACGACAAUAUACUUAAUACUGAGCUGGCCGAUGAGUAUGCAAUAUAUCGUUGUGAUCGAAAUUCUUCCACAAGCCGGCACAGCCGUGGUGGUGGUGUUUUGAUAGGCAUAAAGAAAAACAAUCGAAGAAAUAUUGUAGCUAUCGAUGGGGCUGAGUCUCUAGAGCAGAUUGCCGCUCGAGUCACAUGUGGGACCGUAUCUAUCGUUAUUUGUGUGAUUUACCUACCACCAAAUUCCGAGCUCGCUUUAUAUGAGCAGCAUGCCGCCUGCGUGGAUAAGCUGCUUAAUCACAUUGAUGAUCGUACUAGGGUUGUUGUUCUCGGUGAUUAUAAUUUGCCGUUGCUACGCUGGAGCUUUGAUGACGAAAUCGGAUGCUUUAUCCCUAAUAAUGCAUCCUCUGAGCACGAGCUGUUGUUAGUCGAAACUAUGAUCGCUUCUGGUUUACAACAAGUAAACUACCUGACGAAUGACAAUGGAAGAUUACUUGAUUUAGCCUUUUUAAGUAGUGCCAGUGAUUUUGAAAUCCUAGAACCACCCGUACCGCUAAUGAAAUUGGAUCGUCAUCAUCAUCCGUUUGUUUUGAUCAUUGAGACUCUUUACGGUUCACCAGUGAUUGACGAUGUAGAUGUGUGGUAUGAUUUUAAUCAAUGCGAUUAUGACGAGCUAAAUGCGAGAAUCUCAAACAUCAAUUGGAUUGAAAUAUUAUCACUGGGUACUCUCGACGAGGCUGUGGACAGGUUUUAUCGUGAAUUGGACUUAAUUUUUCAACAACACGUGCCUCUGAGAAGGCGAAAGCGCAGUUGCACAAAUAAACGUCUCUGGUGGAACGAUGAGAUGCGCAAUCUGCGAAAUCGGUUAAGGAAGGCUCGUAAACGAUUUUUCCGGAAAAGAGGUAAAGAUGAUAAAUCGUUUGUGCGAGAUUUAGAGCGACAAUUUCAAUCAUUGAAUGCAUCUUGCUUUCGAUCAUACGUUUUACGACUUGAGAGUAACAUGAAGGACGAGCCGAAGCAAUUUUGGGCUUAUUUGCAGAACAAAACAUCCACCCGUGGUUUCCCUGAAAACGUGAACUACCGUGACAGGACCUCAACGACACCAGCGGAGUCAGCAAAUCUAUUCUCGUCUUACUUUCAAAGUGUGCUAAGCAAUAACCCACACCCUUUGUCUGAAUCGUACCUGAGUAGUCUGCCGACGUUCUCCUUGAAUUUACCUGUAACAUCUUUCACCGAACGCGAAGUGUACACCAAUCUACGUGGUGUUGACGGUUCAAAGGGACCAGCAUCGGACGGAAUACAACCGUGUUUCGUCAAGAAAUGCUCUUCAUCGUUAGCUGUACCGAUAUCCAUGCUUUUCAAUCGCUCUCUCGGUGAAAGUAUUUUCCCGCCAAGUGAAAGGAGGCUUUAA